AUGGGGCCCCACAAGACCUCUCAAGCUUGCGAAGUAUGCCGCUCACUGAAGGUCCGAUGUCUGCCUAGCUCGGAGCCAAAUACAUGCCAAAAAUGUGCGAAGUCGAAAAGGCCCUGUGUUUUUCUGGAGCGACCACCUCGCCAACGCCAAGCCAGGCCAAAAAGUGGCUCAAAGGCCCGAAUUUGUGCAUUGGAGUCAAAAGUUGAUGACUUGCUUGCAUUAGCCAGUCAAUCCCACCUAUGUCGGUCACAAGGCUUCUCGCAGCCACUGGAUGAAUCCACAGAGAGCGAAGCUCCUACCUCCUCGUCGUCAUCCUCCCGCGGAGAACGAGGGUCAACUAUCAGGGGUCAGAGUAGCUGCACGAGUUCGAAUCCUGCCGAUGCGUCAAUCAAUGACUGGGGUGGUCUUCCCAGAAUCCACGGCACUUCCUGCACAAUGGUUUUGCUUGAGUGUGGCCUCUCUAUCGAUACCGCUGAGAGAUUCCUCAAGCAAUUCCACACCAUGACAUCUUACUUUCCAUUUGUUGCACUCGACAGUGACGCUACGAUAUUGGAUUUGUGUAAAAAUCGGCCUUUUGCCCUGGUGGCAGCAUUGACGGCAGCAGCUUCCGCGGACAGGAGGUUACAGAAAUCACUUGGCGAAAAGUUUAGAACAUGCGCUCUCCACGCUAUCAUGAUUGAGAAUGAAAGGAGCUUAGAUCUUCUCAAUGGAAUCCUCAUCUAUUUAGCCUGGUAUCAGUUUCAUUAUGUCCCCAGCAACGAUCAGUUCAAUCAGUUGCUGCACAUCGCAAUUGGAAUGAUUGAUGACAUGGGCCUGAACCUUAGACCCGCCGAAGCAAUGAAGAAAAAGGCAACGCUUCGACUGGCUCACUACCGCAAAGCCGGUGUCCUUACAGCGGAUCAUGACGAAUUCUUCAGUCGUGAGGCACGUCGAGCAUACUUGGGAUGCUUCUACAUAUCGAGUGUCACCUGCUGGGCUACAAUGAAGACGAACGGCAUCCGAUUCCAAAGCUAUAUGGUUGAAUGUGCAAGGUCAUUGGGCGAAGAUUUAGAGCGUUCAACAGAUGCAUUGCUUUUGCCACUGAUCCAACUUCAACAUUUGGCCGAGGUCAAUCACUACAACUUUACAGCUGUUGAUAACACAACGCUUGACCACAUAGGUGGUCUGAACCUGGAAACCAAAGUUCAAUCGUUCCAAGCUGAACUUUCAGAGUGGAAGCAGUCACUUCCACUCACAUCUGAACAAUCAGACGUCAUGGCUAGUGCCAACCUAAUAUGUGACCUUGCUGCCGCGCAUGUCUUCGAGAUGGGUGUCAUUAUAUCGGCUACUGUCAAAAUGAGGCAGGCAGCGGACUACGCAGAACCGUCAAGCUCUUCUUUCAAAUCUCAAAUUCAUCUGGAAGUGCUCUUUCUGUGCUUGAAGUCAGCUGAGCAAUUUGUUCGAACUCUUCUCUCAAUCCCAACAUCCGAGUACCAUAACCUCUCCUACAUUCAGUGGUCGGGUCUCAUCUAUACCAUCACCAUCAUAUACAGACUGACUGUGGGGAUUCCCCAUCUUCCUGAAUGGGAUGUCAGAGUUGCGCGAAAAACCAUUGAUUUCGAUUGUAUCCUCGACGUAUUCUGCUGUCGCUUCAAUGAUCUUUCGCUUUGCGACUACAAAAUAUCAGGGGACGAGUACCUGUUUUCGAUGAUGGGUCUCAUAUUUGAGGAUAUCCAAAAGUCAUAUGAUCGACUAAAGCAGCUGCCACAGAAAGAAAGUGCGCGCGAUACCGGUCAGGUCCAUGCUACAAGUUUUCUCACCUCUACCCCUGAGCCUCAGCGCCAGUGCCCCAUGUCCUCGACGCAGGUCGUGGAUCAUUCAUAA